AUGCAUUUACGUCCUGGUAGUUCAUAUUACAUUCUACAUCAAAAAGAAAAUAUCGAGGAACCACUUCACAUAAUAUUCCCAGGAAUUAAAAUGUUAAUGAUUGCUCAAUUACUUGGCAUUCUGUUUAUAUUUUCUUUAAUGGCAGACGUCGUAGAAUCAUUUAAAGAUGGGACGAUUACUUCUAUGAAGAUGAAAGUUUAUAUUCCGUAUUUAGGAACAUAUUUGAGAAUCGGGUCAUUUAAAGCAGAAUGCAUUAAUACCUAA